CGGCAGUGCGCCGAGGGCUCGGGGCUGUGGAGUAGAAGAACAUCAGCGACCAGCCUGGACUGUCUCCAGACGUUUCCAGCAGUCCUCAGCCACCGUCUUCAGCCUCUAUCUUCAUCAAGGGGUUGCAUGCUGAAAGAUGGGUUGAUAAUCUGAAAGAGGAGAGAUGAGUAGCUGUUCCUUUGACGAGAAACACUUCAGCCUAUGCUGUCAGCACUUCCUGAAACAUUCCAACAGUCUGGGAGAUGGCUGGAGCUGGGAGCAGUGGCAGGUCAAUUGGAAGAACGACACUAAUAUCACACUCUGAGGAAGGCUACCUGAAGAAGACAUCCCUGAGAUCUGUCACAAUUACCAGCAACAAUGCUGCUGAGUCUGGGGUCCCAGAGGAGGCAGACCCAUACCCUACUCUGGAAGAAAAGCUAUCUGCCGGAGACGUAUCAAGUGAUGUCCGAAGUGAUCUUGAAGGAGAUGAUGCGUGUGUGCAGGCCGCCGCCAGCGGCGUGGUGCUCCAGCAUGAGUACCACGUCCUGUUCAGCUGCAGCUUCGGGGUGCCGGUGCUCUACUUCAGAGUCUUUGAUUUAGAAGGCAGGAGCCUGUGUUUGGAACAAGUGUGGGACAUAGUCCGUCGAAACUCCAGGAUGAGGCUACAGCAGAGUCCGUGGAACACCAUCACUCAACAGGAGCACCCGAUGCUGGGCCAGCCCUUCUUUGUCCUGCACCCCUGUAAAACAGAAGAGUUCAUGGGGCCUGUGGUCCGAGCAGCCGAGGCGGAAAACAGGAAGGUGAACUAUGUGGUGACGUGGCUGAGUGUGGUAGGCCCACUGGUAGGACUGGAGCUGGCGUUAAGCUACUCCACCCUGCUGCAGCCUGCUCUAUGCCCUCAAUGAAGGAACAGGGCCCCUGGGAGUGACCUGAUGGAUCUAGUUCAUGAGGACUGGAGAGGAAGACUCUCGGUCUGAUACCAGGUUCUGACUAUCUGCGGGGAGACGCACCAAGGUGGCGCUGACCGCCACACCCUGACCUGUGGACGGGCUCUCACUACGGGACACCAGCAAAUGAUGGAGGAAGACCUUCAGCUGACAGAACGGGACAUGGACUGGGCUCCGUGCCCUCCCUCUAAGCCCUCAUCGUUCAUUAGGUCGAUGGUUAUGUGUUCAUCAUAUCAUUUAUUGGUUGACUAUUACUGCUUUCACUGCUGGUCAUUUGUUCUUCACCUUUCUCCUGCACGUGGGCCUAAUGUGUGGCUGUUGGCGUGUCUCUCUGACACCUCAUUAGGAUGCGUCGCCCCUAACAACAGGCUGGCCGGCGCCUUGCUUUGUUUAAUGGAGUGAUGAGUGGCUUGGCCUCCAGAGCACACAGCUGGGUCCACAUACAGGUGUGGCCAAUGGGACUGAUUGGGAGAGCCCAUUCAUUUUACUCAGAGGAGUAAUGGAAUGACCAUUAUGUUUAAGGAUGUAUAUUUAAUAUAAUUAAUCGAAUGAUUACAUAUAUUAUUCAUAAUAAAAGGAUAAAUAUGGCGGAAAAGGUCACGUUAGAUUUUCAAUUCUUGAUUGACUGCUGGUAUGUUUUAUGUUCAGCCUCAUUCACCUGUCAUUAAAUUAUUUUGAGCUUGUUAUUUUUUUUGUUAAUUAUUUCCCACUACACGUUUUUGUAUUUUGGUAAAAAAAACACCUUAUUGUUAAAUCUGCCUGCAUUCCUGGAUUCAGCAUCGGCCCGUCACAACAUUGUUUCUCUGUUUGAGAGAAUCAUUCGCAACAGCAUUCAUUCUUUACAAAAAUGUAUUACUUAAAGGACAUUAACUACCACACUAACCAUUGUCCCAGAGACAUCAGCUCAUUAGUCACCCAUUCAUAGAUGUAUUUCCGCUGGUUUCAUUCCGCUUCAUUUCCACCAUUUCAAAAUUGUCAAUAGCUUAUUUUAGGAAGCUGUUAGGUUGGAUUCAUAUGCUGCGUUAUUUAAACAGUCACAGAACUUAGUUAUUGCAUUUUAAUAAUUGCAGAUACAAUUACUGUAGCCUGAAAUACAUUUCACUGCCUUCAUCUGACUAGUCUCAUUAGUAGUGGUCAUUAUGGGAUAGUUUUCAGAACAGUUCUGUGCUGUUGUAUUAAUUUAUAUCCUUAAUGCUUGUUUUCCUGUUCUUCAUUAAAUGAUGAAUCAGA